CCUCUGAAAGCAUCACUACUCACAGCAUAUCCUCACAAUCACAUAGUUGUUUAAAGCGAUAGAAAAGAAAGAAAGAAAUGGCAAACUUUCCAGUUGUUGACAUGGGAAAGCUUAACACUGAAGAGAGAGGAGCUGCCAUGGAAAUGAUAAAAGAUGCUUGUGAGAACUGGGGUUUCUUUGAGUUGGUGAACCAUGGUAUAUCCAUUGAGUUGAUGGACACCGUGGAGAAGUUAACAAAAGAGCACUACAAGAAGACUAUGGAGCAAAGGUUCAAAGAAAUGGUGGCCAACAAAGGUCUUGAGUCAGUUCAGUCAGAAAUCAGUGACUUGGACUGGGAAAGUACCUUUUUUCUGCGCCAUCUUCCAGUCUCCAAUGUUUCAGAGAACACAGAUCUUGAUGAAGACUACAGGAAAAUAAUGAAGCAGUUUGCAGUAGAACUGGAGAAACUCGCAGAGCAUCUUCUUGACUUGCUGUGUGAGAAUCUUGGACUGGAGAAAGGGUACCUGAAGAAGGUGUUCUAUGGAUCGAAGGGCCCAAAUUUUGGCACGAAAGUUAGCAACUACCCUCCUUGUCCGACCCCUGAUCUGAUAAAGGGCCUAAGAGCUCACACUGACGCCGGUGGCAUUAUCCUACUGUUCCAAGAUGACAAGGUCAGUGGACUGCAGCUCCUCAAGGAUGACCAGUGGAUCGAUGUCCCACCAAUGCGUCACUCCAUUGUCAUCAACCUCGGUGACCAACUUGAGGUCAUAACCAAUGGCAAGUACAAGAGUGUCAUGCACCGAGUCAUUGCUCAGACGGAUGGCACCAGAAUGUCCCUGGCUUCCUUCUAUAAUCCCGGUGAUGAUGCUGUGAUUUCUCCAGCACCAGCCUUGGUGAAGGAAUCGGAUGAAACAAGCCAAGUAUACCCGAAAUUUGUGUUUAAUGAUUACAUGAAGCUCUAUGCUGGUCUCAAGUUUCAGGCUAAAGAACCAAGGUUUGAAGCUAUGAAGGCCGUGUCAAGCGUUGAUGUGGGGCCCAUAGCCACAGUUUGAGCCUCAUAAAUAUAUAUAUAUAUAUAUAUAUAUAUAUAUAUAUAUAAGUAUGGGAACGUAUGUGUGUUUAUGUUAAUAAUAAACAAAGGCUACUCAGCUCAGCGUAUAGUGUUUGAUGCCCUUGAUAAUUGGUAUGGAAGCUUGUGCAGUAUAAUCAAACCUUAUAUAUAAUAUUUAUUAGUUCAAAAAUAAAGUAUUAGGUUGAUCUUAGUUGGGGUGUGUGUGAUCAGAGAUGUCGUCUGUGAUAUGAUGGUCAAGUUAAUGCGAUGUAGUGAUACACUGUUUUAGAAAGUAACCUCCUCUUGCCCAUUUUACAAGAA